AUGGCACUACGUCGGGUGUUGUUAUGCCUUUCUUUAGCACUUGGAUCACUUUUUGGACCAGCGAUUUCGGUCAGUGUACAAAAGACACAUUUCCCGCAUCGUGAUCGCCCAAUCCGGUUGAUUGUCGUAGACGUAGACGGAACCCUCACUACAGGGGAAGGUGUUUUUUCGACGAGGAAUAUCGAAGGGUUUAAGCGGGCGAAAGAGCUAGGAAUAGAAAUUGCUUUUGCUACGGGGAAAGACCCGAAGGCUACCGAAGAUGUAAUUGGCUCAGAUACGCUGCAGGAAAUAGGGUACUUUGGUUUCCCCGGUGUGUUUGUGAAUGGCGCGUACGUUGUGGACCGGGAUGGAGAUAUUAUCGCGGAUGGUCCGCUAACCAAAGGCCAGAAGGAACGACUUCUUCGUUCAUUUAGCGCCCAUGGACUUGAUAAUGUAUCUUUCGGGAAGACACCGCCUGGACCGGUUCUGGGUACACGCGAUGAUACCUACACUGGGCAAUACCGGGCAGUGGUGCGUGACGAUCCCAGUAAGCUUGACGCAGUGUUACCACCUCUAAGAGAGGAAUUUGGUGGGGAGAUCGGGUUCACAAGGUGGGCCGAUCGUGCCUUCAGCGCUCAUCGCGCAGAAUUCACCAAGGGCACCGGGCUCCUCCAGCUCUCAAGCCGUUUAAAUAUUGAUUGUGAAGAUGUCCUUGCACUUGGGAACGCUGACAACGACUUGCCCAUGUUCAAGGAAGCGGGUGUUGCGGUGUGCGUCGGGGAUGGUGAUGAUGUUGCCAAGGAGGCAGCCGACUACAUCACGGUGAACAGCAGUGAAGGUGCACUAUCUGCUGUCCUGCAGGAGAUAGAGAAGCUCGGAUAUUACCCACACAAACCUGAGCAGCCGGAAAAGGCGCAGUGA